CUUGAUUUAGUAUAAAUACAAUUUGCAAUCAAUCGGAAGCUAUCAGUUACCUACUUUCAAGUGAAGCCAAACACAGUCUAAACAACCCGAUUAAAAAUGUUCGCCAAAUUGUUCUUCGUUGCCGCUAUGGCCAUCGCUAGCGUCGCCGCCAAGCCAGGAUUGGUGGGUGCCCCUCUGGCCUACUCGGCUCCACUGGUUGCCGCCCCAGCUGCUGUGGCCCCUGCCUUGGCUUACGCCGCCGGAUACGCUAACGUUGGAGAUUCCGCCGUUGUCACCUCGCACAACUCUCAGGUUAUCAACCCGGCUUACGCCGCCUACACUGCUGCCGCUCCACUGGCUUAUGCUGCUGCUGCCGCUGCUCCAGCUUUCGCUUCCUAUGCCGCUCCUUACGCAGCUCCGUAUGCAGCCUCCUAUGCUGCGCCUUACGCUGCUCCUUAUGCUGCACCUUACGCAGCGCAGUUCGCCGCUCCGUAUGCCGCGCCUCUGGCCUACACCGCUCCUUUGGCGGCCAAGUAUGUGCUAUAAAGUGUGCUACAGACGGAUGAAUUAGAGUGAUUGAAUGAGUUGAUCUCAGUUUUGCAUAUGAUGCAGUGUUGAGCUAUGUUUCGGUGUAACGAAGCAAAAUUGUCCCGUGAUCAUGAAUGUUGAUGUUUUAAGCAAUAUACAAUAUUUAUUCAGUGCAA